UUGUCAACUCAACUCAACUCAACUCAUCUCAACUCUGCUAAAUUGGGUAGUCAUGAACAGAGAUGGGCGGCCCGCCUUGCCGGCUUUCAGUUUGAGAUUAAGUAUCGGCCAGGACGUAAUAACCAGAGUGCAGAUGCAUUGUCCCACUUCCCCCCAGAGACAGCAGUCCCAGACCAGAGGGAAGAGCGAGAGGGACUGGAGAUACCAGGCUUCCGGGAGGUUCAGCCGUCAACAGUGACUGCCCUGUGUGUGGGGGUGGGCUGGAGAACCAAGGAGCCUGAUGACCAGGGGACUACAAUGGAACAGGGUACCCCACUCCAGCCUGACAGAACAUGGGCUCAGUGGAAGAGCCUACAAGAAAGUGACCCCACGCUGAGGAGAGUGCUACACUUCCUCCAGAGAGGCCAACACCCUAACAGACUGGAACGACAAGCGGAGUCCAAAGAGGUCCUAGAAAUACUGCGACAAUGGGAUCGGUUGAGGUGCAAAGACGGUGUGCUGUGCCGGACGUUUCAGGACCCCAAGGAAGUGGAUCUACGAACCCAAAUUGUCGCCCCAGCAGCAGGAAAUGGUGGGUGUGAGCGAUUUAAUCGGACACUGUUGGGGCUGUUAGGAACCCUGGGAGAGGAGCGGCGCCGCUGGCAUGAUCACCUGCAGGAGAUGAUCCAGGUGUACAACAACACAACCCACAGCGCCACAGGGUAUACUCCCUACUAUCUGCUGUUCGGUAGACACGGCUCCCUUCCUCAGGACUGCCUGUUAGGAAUACCAGAUGAGACUGGCUGCGCGUCGGUGGAGGACUGGGUAAAGUGCCAUCAACAGCGUCUGAGGUAUGCCUAUGAGAAAGCAGGGAAGCACACAGACAUUGAGAGAACCAGACAAAAACGACACUAUGACCACAACGCUGAGAACUCUCCCCUAUUGCCAGGCGAGCGGGUGAUGAUGAGAGACAUGAGGGCAAGGGGCCGAGGUAAGCUGGCCGACAAGUGGGAGGUUGUGCCUUAUAUAGUGGAAAAACAAACUAACCCAGAACUGCCAGUCUAUGUGGUCAGACCAGAGCAAGGGCAGGGAGCUGAGAAAGUGGUCCAUCGUAACAUGUUAAGGCCUUGCUCUUUUACCCCUGUGGAGAGGGCAGCUGAAACCCCCAGAGCAGUUGGGAGGAACCCUAGGCGUGGAGAAGCCACGAGACAGGUCCCGAUUGACCCCCAGCCAGCAGAGACAAGUAGAGCCACGAUGAGUUUCCCCUGGGUAGGGGUUUGGGCCCCUACAGGUGCGAGACCAGAUGGUGAUGUGGCGCGAGGCGGGCAACGACCAGACCACAACCAUCCAGAUGUCAGAGACGGGCAGAGACUCGAGCUUGACCAACCUAGACGAUCCACCAGGGCUAACAUUGGGAUUCCUCAACCAAAUAUGGAAACCAAUAACUUAUACAUCUAG